UUAUCAGCGGUACCGAGCGGGCCGGGCUGAAUACGAACUGACAACUUAAACCCUAUGGCUGCGUAGGAGCUGCAGGUUAGCCAUACAAUCAGUUUCACUGUUUAAUUUAUUGCUGAAGGGAUGCCGUUACCGACACCACUAACGUAGUUUUAAUGAAGUCUUAACAGACAUUCAAAGGUUGUGAUUGAGUGAGCUCUGUUAGCUUAGCAGGCCGACUUCCCAAUGAAAUAACUAGUUGUCGAGCGUUUUCUUCGUAGCUAAGAGCUAACGUUAACAGGAGUUGGAGCAGCAACACAAGACACAGGAUGAACUGCCCCCCAACCAAGCGCCUCCGAGGUCUGAACCAAAAUGCAGCGACAGCAGUGGCCUUUGAUGACCCAUUUGGAGAUGACGAGGACUUCACCCAGGAUGACUUGGAUGAGAUUGACAUCAUCGCCUCUCAGGCCAUCACCUCAGCUGCUGCAUCUGGGCUUGGAUCUAAACCAGGAGCCAAACCAAUGGAGCUGGCCCGUGGAUCUGCUUGGCCUGCAGGACAGACUAAUUCUGUGUGCAGAGCCGCAAAAGAUCAGCGCAGAGAGAACAUGUUUGGGUUUAGUGGCAGCAGCAGCAGGAUACCAAGCAGAGAACUUCUCGGUAACAUGCAGCAGCAGUUUGGAUCAGACAGAGAAGACUACCGUCUCCUGGAGGCUCAGCAUGCAGAGCUUAAGAGGAAGCUGAAGGAGGUGGAGGAGGAGAUUGUGUUGAAGAGCGGGGAGAUCCGGGUCUUGAGGGACUCUCUGAAAGGAGCUCAGCUGGACAAGGAGGCCCAGCGGCAGAACCAGAUCCUGCUGGAGACUCAGAGACAGAGAGAGCAGAACGAAAGGGAGAAGGAGCUCAACAAGAAGGUGCAGUCUUUGCAGUCAGAGCUGCAGUUUAAAGAAGCAGAGAUAAACGAGAUGAAGACGAAACUGCACAGUUUGGACAGACACAAGAUUUCCCCGCCACUGCCAAAAAAUAGUCCUAAAGUGAUGAGCGGUCUCGUCCAGGUGCAUCGUAGCAGCAGCAGCUCCUCUUCUCCAACAGGAAAUGGUUUUAUCACCAAAGAAACGUUUGGAGCCAGUGUCCCAUCUAAAACAACACCGGUGAAGACCCGGAGACAUGGUGGGGACAGAGGGUCUUCCAGCAACAGAUGUGGAGACAAACAGGAAGUGUCUCGCCCAGACCCCUUCCUGUCCGUCACACCUGCACACCUGCACCACAGUGCUGGAGUCCUGCUGGGUUUGUUGUUGCAGCAGCCUUUGUCUCCCAGCAGCCUCGGCCUCUCUCACCUGCUCUCUAUGAGUCUGACUGACGUCCACCUGGCAUCCAGUGGGCGGUCAGCAGGUUUUCUGCUCCACUCUGAUGCGGCAGUCAGUGAAGGGGGAGCUCCCAGAGCUGCUCUGAGUCCAGUCCAGAGUCUGGCUGUAACUGGACUCAACAUGCUAAGUCAGAGCCAACCAAAAGCUGAAGCCAGCAGUAAAAACAAAAGAUCAUGUCCUGGAGCUGUUCUCCUCCUCUCUCUGUUGGACCUUCACCUGUCUCGACUCUGUCAGGCUCUGGAUUCACUCCGCCCCACGUCUGCUGGCGAUGCAAACUCUGCUCACUCAACUCACUCGCUCCCAGCAGGCCAUGCUGCCCCUGCUGAUGAACUAGGGAGACCGGAGGAGGCUGCUUUGGCUGGUUUCACUGUGGAGGAUAUCGGCUUGGCUGCUCUGAGACUCCUCUACCUGGUGGUCGCCCAUAGUGACGAGGUGGUGAAGGCUGUCUUGUCAAGUCAGAGCGAAGUUACAGUCCAGGAGCACUCAGCUGCAGGUGUGGGUCUGUGCUCCCAGAAUGCUUUGCUGCAGUCACUGUUGCGGCUGUGCGAAGCAGGGUUAGGCGGUGGCCGGAGCUCACAGAGAGAGAUGCUUGUCCUCAAUGCCAUGAAGACCCUGUGCGUCCUUAUUGAGAGGACGCCACACACACACUCUGAGAGGUUGCAGUGUGUGUUGCAGGUGGUCUGUGUGUGUUUGUCAUCGGCAGACAACAGCUGGCACACAGUUUCAGAGUGUUUGUCUGUCCUCAUGUCCAUGUCGGACCACCCGACACUGGCUCAGCAGAUCUUCUCUCAGCAUGACCCAUGUGUUUUCCUGAAGUUGUUCAAGUUCAUCAGAACUAGAACAGACAACCAGGCAACACAUACAGACUGGAUCCAGCUGGACCUGCAGGUGGUCCGUUUGCUGAGCAGACUAAUGACUCAGAGAGCAGAGAGCUGGACCCCCUGCCAGAGCAGCUCCUGUCAAUGCUACACUGAGCUGGUUCAGACAGUGGUGAUUGUUUUCCAUCGUCAGUGGUUGGAUCUUCGUGGUUCCCAGGAGCUGACGGACUCAACAGGGCUGGCCCUGCCCCUGCAUCAGUGCUCUUCCUCCUCGCUGCCAUGGUGGCGCGGCGCUGCGGCAUCUCUGCUAAGAGAGUGUCUACUGCUGCUGCACUGGCUGCUGCUGCAUCACGGCAGCUUCUCAGAGAGCUGCAGGCCACUGCUGCACAUGUACGACCAGGUGAUCCCCGCCGUGCGAGACACGCUAAGGAAAAUCCCUGAGCUGAGCGAGAGUGAAGAGCUGGCGUUGGAGGAGAUCUGCCGCUCAGAGGGCGAUGACACUGAUGACAUGGACACUGAUACUGUCUCCUGAUUGGCUGUUCCCACUGACUCCACCAAUGAGCAUGCCUGAGGGACAUUUUAAUGGCUAUUGAAUGAAUAUUUCAGACUGGGACGAGGACAAUACAGAGACUUUGUAUCUUGUCAAACUUUACUGUGAGGAAGUGGAUGAAGGAGACUGACUGAAGUGACGGACAGAGUCACAGAAUUUAUUCUGCUGUGUGAAUGGUUUAAAAAAAAUAAAUAAAUAAAACAUGAACGCGGAAA